AUGGCGAGCACCGAAGGGGCCACUUCUAGUUUCUGGGACGAACUAACGAGCCCUGUUAAUUUAGUAUUAAUUGCUAUUAUUGUGUAUCUUCUUUACAAAAUCCUAAGGUCUCAUUUUGAAACAGUGACACCAGCGGCGCCUCCACCGCCGCCUAUGCCGAAGCUUCGUAAAGAUUUAACAGUUGCUGAAUUAAAAAAAUAUGACGGCACAGGACCUGACGGCAGAGUACUUUUAGCAGUAAAUGGUGUGAUAUUUGAUGUCACAAGAGGAAAGAGAUUUUACGGACCUGGUGGUCCAUAUUCGGCUUUUGCUGGUAGAGAUGCUACUCGCGGCUUAGCUACCGGACAAGUAGCAGCCGGAGACAAGGAGUAUGAUGAUGUCAGCGACUUAACUGCCGAUGAAAUCGCUUCAGCCAAAGAAUGGGAGGAACAGUUCCGAGAAAAAUAUGAUAUCGUAGGACGGCUACUAAAACCGGGAGAGACGCCAAAGAUAUAUAGCGACGAUGAAACUGAGGAUAAAAAGUCGCAGUAA